AUGAACGCGAGACACGCCGCUGUUUUCCUACUAGUGGCCCUGCUGGGCUGCCUGCUCCAGUGCGGGCAAAGCGUCAAACGGAAGAGGGGACUCUCCGGCAAGCGCAGGGGGCUCCUCAACAAGAGGCUCAAAUAUAUUAACAGUAAGCUCAUAAGCAGGAGGAAGGAAAAUUACGUUAAAGUCAAAAUGACUGAAAACAAAGUUAAGGGGAAGGAUAUCAUAUACGGAAACGAAUGCCGAAAUGAGUUGUUACAAGGCAUCUUAACCGUCUCAGAUGUAGUGAAGCUGACAUUGGGUCCGAGAGGAAGAAACGUACUUCUUGAAAAAGAGUAUGGAAGCCCCCUCAUAAUUAAUGACGGUGUGACGAUUGCAAAAAAUAUCUCAUUAAAGGACAGGAAGAGAAAUAAUGGAGUCAAGUUAAUGCAGGAGAGUACUAACAUAUCCAAUGACAAAGCAGGAGAUGGUACGAGUUCCACGGCUCUAAUGACAGCUACCAUCACAAAGAAAGGUAUUGAGCAAGUCAACAGGAAUCAUAAUCCCAUUCCAAUACAGAAAGGCAUACAGAUAGCUUCCAAAAUGAUCAUCGAAAAGAUUAAAUCACUCUCCACUCCAAUUAAAACGUAUAAGGAUAUUCUAAACAUCGCUACUAUUGCUAGCAAUAACGACACACACAUGGGAAGCAUCAUUGCCAAUGCUUACGAUAAGCUGGGAAAAAAUGCUGCGAUCAUUUUGGACGAUAACGCUGAUAUUAAUGAUAAGCUAGAGUUCACAGAAGGGUACAAUUUUGACAGAGGAAUUAUUAACCCCUAUCUUCUGUACAAUGAGAAUAAAGAUCACAUUGAAUAUAACAACGUCUCUACGCUAAUCACGGACCAGAAUAUCGACAACAUUCAAUCCAUUUUGCCCAUUCUGGAGAUCUUCGCCAAGAACAAGCAGCCGCUCUGCAUCAUCGCCGACGACUUCAGCAACGAGGUGCUCCAGACGCUCAUCAUAAACAAGCUCAAGGGGGCCAUCAAAGUGGUCCCAAUAAGAGCGCCCUCCUUCGGAGACAGGCGAAAAGACUACCUCAAGGAUCUCUGCAUCGUGACAAACAGCAAGUACAUAAGCGCGGACGUGGGGCUAGACCUGAAUAACCUCCACAAUAACAUGAGCUCCUUCGAUAAUAACUACCUGACGCUGCUGGGAAGCGCAAACACACUCAUUGUGAAAAAAGAUAGAACGAGUCUAAUCACCAAGGAGGAAUACAAGAACCAGAUUGACGACCGGAUUAAGGUCUUAAAGAAAGAGUUUGAAGAAACCACAUCUAAGUAUGACAAAGAGAAGUUAAACGAGAGAAUAGCUGCUUUAUCAGGUGGUAUUGCCAAAAUAUUAAUCGGAGGAAAUACCGAAACGGAACAGAAAGAGAGGAAAUUCAAAUACGAAGAUGCAACCAAUGCAGUGAAGAGCGCAAUCGACAUUGGAUACGUCCCAGGAGGAGGAGUCACUUAUCUCGAGAUAAUCAAAUCUAACUUCCUAAACGAAAUACACAAAAAAAUUGAAGAAGAACUUCAAGACAAAGGAAGCCAGGAAGAUAAAAAAUACCUCGAUCUAGUAGGAAAUUUAGAAUCCGAAUUGGAGCUCCGAAAAAUGGGAGCAAACAUAGUAGUCAGCAGCUUAGAUGUAAUUACAAAACAGAUAGCAGACAAUGCAGGAGUGAAUGGAGAAAAUGUCGUCAAAAUCAUUUUAAACUCAAAAGACAAAUAUGGAUUUGGAUACGAUGUGAAUACAAACAAAUUUGUCAAUAUGGUUGAGAACGGAAUUAUCGAUAGCACCAAUGUGAUCAUAAGUGUUAUUAAAAAUAGCUGUAGUAUUGCCAGUAUGGUUUUGACCACGGAGUGUAUGAUGGUGGAUAGUGAGAAGAAGGACAAGGGAAUCCUGGACUCAAGCAUCAACUCGCCCAAGUACCUACAGAAGCAUAGACGGGGUGGAGGAUACAGGAGAAAACUGGACCAUUUGGACGAUGAGGAGGAGGAUGAGGACGACCUCGAUGAUGAAGAUGACGAGGAGGAUGAAGAUGACGAGGAGGAAGAGGACGAGGAGGAAGAGGACGACGAGGAGGAAGAGGAUGAAGACGACGGGUACAACUACGAUGAGUAG